GGCGCGUCAUCCAACGCUUGUUGAUCGCAAUUGAUCGGCCAGAUGCCGCCAUGCCGGUUCGCAUCAGCUUGCUUGCCGCCGUGGAGAUGUUGAAGGCGGCGUGGAUGGAACUCACCGCGGAGUGCAUAGCAAAUUGCUUCCGCAAGGCGGGUUUUAUGGGCCCAGGCACCGAGGACGCCAUAGAUCACCCACAGGAAGGCCGGUCGCACGAGGACUUGUGGCAACGCGUCGUUGACACGCAGCUGGCCGGACCUGACGUUGCCUGGGACGAUUUCGUUUCUGCUGAUGACGACACCGACAUCGCGGAGCCGUGCACUGACGAAGCUAUUGUGCGUGAAGUGCGAGCCCUUCCCGACUGCCCAGAGACCGACGAGGACGAUGACGAGGAUGCUGCUCUACCGCCGGUUGCUGUGAACGCUUCAACCGCGAUCGGUUACAUCGCGUCGCUUAAGGAACUCGUGUGCAGCAGAGGUCUUGGUGAUGAACAUAUUACCGCGCUGGAAAAAUUAGAAACGGCAGUGAUGCGAUCAGCUUUGAAGAAGCAGACUUGCAUCAUGGACUUUUUUCAAAAAUAAAGUUAACUUUCUUCUCGCUUG